GUUCCCGCCCUCAGCCUGUGCGCAUGCGCGUGUGUGACGCCAGCUCGUCUUACAGGUCGUUGCUAGGAUACAGAUCACCACAGGUCGUUGCUAGGAUACAGAUCACCACAGAGAGGCUGACUGAGCUCGUGACCGUCGUUACUCUGAUUACUCUGAUUACUCUGAUUAAAGUUCACGCGACAGGAAGCGAAAUGUCUGCAGCUUAUAAAAGUGACGGACGGAGCUUUCCCGCCAAACGAUUCCCAGCCCGGAGGUUUACGUCACACCACCGAAGAAGAGAAGGUUCUGGUCACUGGCUCGUGUCGUUCAGGAGAGCAGAGCAGCAGAAACACCUGAAAGUUCUUCAGAGGGUCAACGCGGCGUGUAGAAGAAGAGAAGAUGAAGAUGAUGAUGGUCAUCGUCAUGGUAACACGUUAGACGCGGCGCUGCUGCUCCGGUAUCACUGCGUGGACGACCCGGCUGAGCUCUGCUCGGUGGACGUCAGAGAACUCCAACUGGACUCUGUCAAAGCUGAAGAAGUGAAGCUGUUUGUGAACGUAGCUUACGUCGAUGCUUCGAUCAACUCGCUCGCUUUAGAGUCUUUCAGCAGUUUUCAGUCUCUGAGGGAACUCAAUCUGUCGUUAAACGGGCUGAAAAACAUCAAACUUCAGGCAGUCGACCUUCCUCAUCUGCAGGUUUUGAAUCUGUCUUUUAACUGUCUGUCUGCUGAGGACGUCAUCUCCGUCGGUCGACUUCCUCGUCUGAAGAUUCUUCAUCUGACAGGAAAUCAUCUUCCUCAUCUUCCUCAUCUGACUUCAUCAAACGACACUCAAAAGUCAACUGAAGACGAUGAUAGACGCUUUAAAUGUCUCGAAGUUUUGAUGCUGGACGACAACAAACUGUCGUCUGAAGUCUUCAACAGUCUAUCAAAGCUCCAGAGGCUGAAAGUUUUAAACCUGCAGAAGAACCACAUCUCUGAAAUCCCGUAUGUGAUGGACGGGUUCAAACCUGCGACAUCUGUCCAGGAUAAACUCGCCUCUAAAGAGCCGAACCCUGAAGAACCCGUCAGGAGGAUCUCAGAGAUCUUUGAAAACUGGGACGGGUUCAGGACAGGGUCCAAUCUGCCGCUACCAGAACUUCAGUUCCUCGAUUUAUCUGACAACCAGAUCGCAGAAGAAGAAGCUGUGCUGGCAGCUGCUCUCUUCCUGAAGCUUCGACAGAUCGAUAUUCACUCAAACCCCCUGACCACACGGAGGAGCGGAGAUCCUCCGUUACUGACCCACUACCUCCACGAGAGGCUGGGCGUCACAAUAAAACGUAAGAAGACACAGGAAGUGAUGAAGAUCCCGCUGAAGGCGUCCUCUGAUCCAGAAUGGACGGUGGGAAGUGUUCUGGAUCGACCGUCAAGAUCGGACUCCAUGAACCCAAAACAGCUUCAACGUCUCGUGUCGCAGGGCGAAAAAAGAAACCCAAAAGUGUCAAAGAAGACGGUUCUGAUGAACACACAUCGUCCUGCUCGGACUGAGAAAUGUCAGCUGACCGUCAGGGCAAGAUCAGAACCUGAAGGACUAGAACCUGAAGACGGACCAGAACCUGAAGGGAAGAACGAAGACAACACCUUGGAGGAACAUUCAGAACAGUUCUUUGUUACUCAGUUUGAUCUUCGAGCUGAAGUUGAACAAACUUCAGAGAACAACGACGAUAAAUUAACUCGUGAUGAAACGUUGACAGACGUGAACGCGGCCCAUGAGGAGGUCCGUGAGGAGGUCCCGCCCGUCGGAAUUCAAACGGCCGUCCGGAUGCUCGAACACACUCUGAAGAAUCUGAACUUUUACAGAGACUCCAGACCAAAACUGGACUGCAUCCAGACUCUGUACACGGAACGACAGAAGAAGAUUAAAGAACUUCCUCCUCUGAAGAUAAAACAUCGAUCUGAACGAGUCGACGAGCUGAUAAAGGAGAUGAAGGAGAGCUCCACCAUCAGAGUCCCUCUAAGCGGAGCGAUGAACGGCACCGGAGUGAACAAACAGGAAGCUCUGUCACUGCUGAAGGACAUGAAGAGGAAGUACAAGAUGGUCCAUCAGAAAAUGAUGGGACAACAGAACCAACCAGAACAGAGCUGCAGAUCUUCUGAAUGUUUCUUCUUGCCUUGAAUAAAAUCAAAAAAUGAAAUCAGUAAAUCUUCAGUCAAUUGA